AUGGGAGAUAUAUUAUUUGAAGCAAAGAAUUAUUAUUACUUGGGCAAUUAUCAAGGAGCAAUCAAUGAAGUAAACAAGAGAUACAAGCAAAUUAAAAACGAUCAACAAAAGUUGGAAGCAGAUGCAUUCCUCUACAGAAGUUAUAUUGCUCAAGAGAAUUACUCUCUAGUAUUGUCAGAGUUGAAAGAAGGCAACAAUGAUAUUACACUUCAAUCAAUUCGUUACUUUGCUCAAUAUCUUUCAAACAACAACAACAACAAAGAACAAGUUUUAAACUCUAUUAAACAGAUUGAAAACCAACUCAACAAUACUACACCAAUUGCCCAACUUUUAAUUGCUUCUAUUCACUAUGAACAACAAAACUUUGAAGAGACACUACGUAUUUUACAUAAAACUGAUAAUCUUGAAUGUAUGUCAUUAUUGGUUCAAAGUUAUUUGAAAAUCGAUAGAUUGGAUUUGGCAGAGAAGCAAUACAGUCAAAUGAAACAGAUUGAUGUUGAUGCCACACCAUCAUUAUUUUCAAAUGCAUUAAUAUUGAUCACUCAAGGAGAUGAUAAAGUAAAGGAAGCAUUGGCAAUCUAUGAAGAAUUGUCAGAGAAAUAUGGAACAACAUCAUUAUUACUAAACUCUCGUGCAGUUUGUGAAUUAAUGUUAAAGAGAUUCGAAAAGGCUGAACAAACAUUAUUACAAUCGAUUGAAAAGAAUUCAAAGGAUCCAGCAACCAUUUCAAACCUUAUCACUUGUUACAUUCACAUGAAGAAACCAAUCGAUAUUAUCAAUCGUUAUCAAAGUCAACUCAAAUCAUCUUCACCAAACUAUUUAUGGUUAGAACAAUUAAACCAUGCAGACAGUACCUUUGAUAGAUGUAAAUCAAGAUUCGUAUUUAUAGAUGUCAUUAAAUGUCAGCAACAACAACAACAACAACAGCAACAGCAAAGGAAUGUAAACAACAAUAACAAUAAUCAAAAAAAGAAAGGUUCAAGCUCUAUACCAACCGAUUUAGAUUUAAUUGUUAGUACAAUGGAUGGGAGUAUAUAUUCUUUCAAAUAUGACAAUGGAAUGUUAAAUUGGAUUAUAGAUGAAGGACACUCUCUCUAUUCAACAUCUCAAACAUUUAAUCAACAACAACAACCACAACAACAACAACAACAGCGAGUAGACAAUGAUAGUGAUAAUGAUAACGAUUUCUUUGAUCAAUCAAGUGAUAAUGAUAUUGUUACAUCGUCGUCAUAUGACGUUAUCUCUACCACCACUACCACAAACCAAAAUAAUAAUAAUAAUCAACAACUAUACAUACCAAAUAUAGAUGGAAGUGGUGAAUUUUAUAUUUAUUCAAAAGACAGUGGCAUACAAAAGCUUCCCUAUUCAUUGUUUGAUAUUGUAAACUCUUCACCAUUUCAACAAAGUUCUGUCGACGAUCAAGAUACUCUAUUUGUUGGAAGUAAAGCAACCACUGUUAUGGUAGUCGAUGCUACCACUGGAAAGCUACUAAAGACUCUAAGACACAAUGGUGAAUGGGAAGGAUGCUCGAGCAUGAGUGGCGUAUGUGACGACUCUGGUGCCAACAGCGACAAUCAAGAUGGAAAAAAUAAUGUAUUGAUAUUUGUAAGAUCAGAUUACAAAGUCAUUGCUAUAGAUCCAACAACUGGUGUAGAAAAAUGGAACAUAUCAAUUGGAGAGUACAAACCAUUCCACCAAUCUGUAAAAAGAGUAAAUCAACAACAAGAAACAGAGUCAACAUCAACGAAAAAUUAUGAUGGACACUUUUACAUUACAUCAAACGAUAAAAACCAAAGAACCGAUAACGGUGGACAAGAUCCCUUGGCAAUUGGUGAUGGUAGCGAAGAUAAUGGCACAAGAGUUAUUAGUGACAACGAUAAUCAUACGCAAAACAACCAAAAUAAUCAACAAGACAACCAAAACGCAUUCAUUAAACUGAUUACAGAUAAUUAUCAGGUAAACACAUUAUUAUUGAUACUGUUGGCAAGUGCCACUUUUAUAACAAAGUCUUUGAUUUGGAGGCCCAAAAAAAGGAAAACCAAACAAGACACCAUCAACUCCAAAAAACAACAACAACAACAACAUCAACAUCAAAUUGAGGUGGAACAAGAGGAAGAAGAAAAAGAGGAAAAGGAAAAGGAAGAGAUUCAAGAAAUGCUAGAGGAAGAAUUGGUAACAAGUACAACAACAACCAAUAUUCAACAACUGGAAUAUAGCACAAGAAUUAUAUUAGAAAAUGGAAAUGUAAAGAUUGGUAAACUUACAAUGUCUAAUAAUGUUUUGGGAACUGGAAGUUGUGGCACUGUGGUGUAUGAAGGUUUUUUAGAGGGCAGAAAAGUAGCCAUCAAGAGAAUGCUUAAACAAUUUAUUAAAUUUGCCGAUAGGGAAGUUUCCCUAUUACUGCACUCUGAUGAACAUUUAAAUGUCGUUAGAUACCACGCCAAAGAAGAAGAUAGCGAAUUUAUAUAUUUGGCACUAUCUUAUUGUACAAAAAGUUUGGAUCAAGCAAUAGAAGAAAAUUUAACCUCUAAAGGUGUUACAGGAGGUAAACCACCACCACCACCACAUUCGCAACAACCAACAGGAAAAUCAACCCAACAACAAAAGAUAAUCAUUACAGAUUUAAUGAAAAGGAUGAUAAUGGAUUUAUUAUCGGGAUUGAGUCAUUUACACUCUCUAAAUAUUAUUCAUCGUGAUAUUAAACCUCAAAAUAUCCUCAUUGAUCCAAACAAUCGUGUAAAGAUAUCAGAUAUGGGACUAGGAAAGGCUUUGGACAAGGACGAUCAUUCUUUGACGUUUGCCAGUGACAGCUACGGUUGGCAACCUGCAGAGUAUUUAAAUGGUAGCAACAAAAGUACGAAAAAAGUAGACAUUUUUUCAAUGGGAUGUGUCAUUUACUACUUGGUCACUGGCAGUAAUCCAUUUGGAGGACGUUUCAAUCGUGAAAAGAAUGUAUUAAAAAAUAAGUAUGACAUUGAAGCAAUUGAACAUCUUGGUGAACUUCAUCAUUUAGUUUCAUCAAUGAUACAAUUUGAACCAGAUAAAAGACCAACGAUAUUAGAAUGUGAAUCACAUCCAUUCUUUUGGAAUUCACACAAACAAUUAUCAUUUUUGGUGGCAGCAUCUGAUUAUUUAGAAUUUGAAAAACCAUCUAGUCCAUUGGUAACCGAUCUAGAUCUACUUAUCGACCAAGUAUUACAGAAUAGAGAUACUGAAUGGUGGGGUCUCUUGGAUCAAUUAUUCAUCGAUAAUAUAGGUCGUUACAGAAAAUACAAUGGUAAAAGUGUUCGAGAUCUUCUCAGAGUCAUUAGAAACAAAUUUAACCACUAUAGAGACCUUCCACAAGACGUACAACAAUGUCUUGGUGAUUUACCAGAUGGUUUCCUCGACUACUUUAAAACAAGAUUCCCUCGUUUGAUCAUGUCUACCUAUUUAUUUAUCGAAAAACAUCUAAAGAAUGAACCCUACUUUAAACAAUUUUAUGUUGAUCCAACAACCAUUAUCAAAUAA